GGAGAUGGGGGAGCUGGGGGCUGGGCUGCUCCAAGGGCACUGGGGCGACACUCACUCACUUUCACCUUUGGCGUUAGCGCAGUUCAGGGUCUUCUGGCUUCCUCUGCCCAUUUUGGGAGAAGACUGAGGCCAGCAGACUUGUCUGGGGAGUGGCACCUUGCCCACUCAUGCUGUUCAUCCCCCAGGCCGUCAGCUCUCCUCCACCCCGCUGGAAAUCCUGCUCUUCCUUAAUGGGUGGUAUUACGCCACUUACUUCCUCCUGGAGAUCUUCAUAUUUGUCUAUAAAGGGCUGCUGUUACCAUACCCCUCUGCCAACCUAGCCCUGGAUCUGGUCAUGCUCUUCCUCUAUCUCGGCAUUGAAGUCACCCGGAUAUUUUUUGGCUCCAAAGGGAACUUGUGCCAGCGGAAGGUGCCGCUCUCCAUCAGCCUGGCCUUGACAUUCCCGGCAGCGGUGAUGGCAGCCUAUUACCUGCUGCUGCAGACCUACGCCCUGCGGCUGGAGGCCAUCCUCAACGCCAUCCUGCUGCUCUUCUAUGCCGUCGAACUGCUCCUGGGCAUCCUCACCCUGGCCUCCUUCUCCAGGGUGGACUCGUACUGAGGCUUGUUCCAGGCCAGACAAGGCUACACACAGCCUGGGGCCGGAGGCCACACAUUCGCUCCCUACAUGGCUGGUCUGAUGGCAGCCUCUCAGUCCUUUGGCGUUAGAUCCAGCUGCAGCCUCAUUCUGCAUCAGCCCCGGCCAGGCAGGGGGCCGCCGCCGGGGUGCCCAGCGGCUUGGAAAGAGACUUUAAUUCACUUCCCAGACCUGGUACCAUGUGAAGCAGCCAUUCCUUGUGCCCAGGCACCACCCCUAUCUGGGGCCAUGCCGAGGGGGACAGAAGGGAGGCUGUCAGAAGCUGUCCUGGAUCCUGUUCCAGCCCUGCUGGAUGGGGGUUAAAGCUUGUUUGAGCCACACCCCCACAGAUCAUGCCUACACCUGUUGUGUCCUAUGUCAGCAGGGUGUGACAGGGCAGACCUCACCACCCCCACCUCCUUCCGUAUCAUGUGUGCAGUAAUUGAGUGGGAGGUGCUUGCACCCACUCCUCAGACUCAGUGUUAUUUGCUGUAGCAGUGACUCUUGGCACUUUUGUCCUCCUACCCCAUCCUUCAAAUCAGUACUAUUUUCCAAUAAAUAUUUAUUUUUCUGCUACGGCAGCUGCUCUCUCCUUAGACUCAGGAUUCUCCCCAGACCACUAGCAGCCAGCCUGGCAGGCACCCCUUCAAAGCACAGGCACUGGUCUAGCUGGGAGAAGCCUCCUCAGCUCACCAC